AUGGAGGACUUCUAUCGCAAACAGCGCCAACGCGCGAGACUCCGUAGCCCCUGGCACUGCUCCCUUGUGACAAUGCUGUGCACUGCUCUGUCGCUGCUGCUAUUGGCGACGAUAGCGCAAUCGUUCCUCGGACGCCAACUGGACACCAAAGGAUGCAAGAUGUCGUACAUGCUGUCGGCCUUUGCCAAAUACACAGACUUCGAUACCGAGCAUACGAGGUUCGCGACAAAGUACUCGCUCUACCUGUAUCGGGAGGCUGGUAUUGAUCAGGACACGCGCGUCAAGGGUAUCCCGGUGCUGUUCAUCCCAGGCAACGCAGGCAGCUACAAACAGGUGCGUUCUCUAGCAGCAGAGGCAGCCAACUACUACCACGAUGUGCUGCAACACGACCAGCAGGCUCAGCAAGACGGCAAGCGCCCCUUUGACUUCUUCUCGGUCGACUUCAACGAAGACAUCACCGCUUUCCAUGGCCAGACACUACUCGACCAGGCCGAAUAUUUGAACGAAGCCGUCGCAUACAUCCUCUCGCUCUACCACAAUCCACACCGAAGCCUUCGCGACGAAUCGCUACCAGAUCCCACCUCCGUCAUGCUCGUCGGUCACUCCAUGGGCGGCAUUGUUGCCCGUACAAUGUUCACAAUACACAACUAUCAACCUAAUACCAUCAACACUAUAAUUACCCUAUCGGCUCCUCAUGCUCGUGCUCCAGUAUCCUUUGAUCAAGACAUUGUCGACACCUAUCAGAACAUCAACGAGUACUGGCGCAACUCCUACUCACUAGACCAGAGUCCACUGGAUCAUGUCACUCUGGUCUCGAUCGUUGGUGGUGGUCUGGAUACUGUCGUGCCUUCGGACUAUGCCAGUCUGACCUCUCUAAUGCCAGAAUCACAUGGCUUUACAGUCUUCACCUCGACCAUGCCCCAUGUCUGGACUGGAAUGGAUCAUCUGGCUAUCAUAUGGUGCGAUCAACUUCGCAAAGCAGUUAUCAAGGCUCUGUUCGAUGUUGCUGAUGUCAAGCAACCCACACAAACAAUUCCGCACGAGGAGCGCAUGCGCCACUUCCGAAGACGUUUCCUGACAGGCUUAGAACCCACUGUGCAGAAGGAGCUACCACACCAGGAAGCCAAGAUGCUUCUUUCUUUGGACGAUCAGUCUUCGGCCAUUCUCACCGAGGGCGAACGCCUAAGCCUAAGACAGCUGGGUUCUUCCGCCAAAACCGAAGCUCAUGUUCUGCCUGUUCCAUCUUUGUUGGAGAACGACUCUAGAAAGCUGUCUGUCUUGACCAACCAGCGACUCGACGAGCAUGGACCUGUCCAGGUCUUCCUUUGUUCGUCCCACAUUCCCCAAGCUGGUGCUGGCGGCAAUGCCUAUGCCAUCAAUCUUGACCUUUCUGGUGGCUCUUCGGGCUUCAUGCGCUUGUCUUGUAAGGAUACCGCAGCUGACGCCAUUGCGUUGCCUGCCUCGACUUCGGAGUCCAACUUCGCUUUCGACGAUGCCUUGCCAUUCACGUACAUCGAGUAUGCGCUCAAGGACUUGGCCGAGUAUCAGUUUGUGGCUAUCAUCGACCAAGCCAGUGAACUCACAGACGGCUGGGUAAUCGCCGAGUUCAACGACUCUGUCAAGUCAAGAGUCACUGUGAGGAGAUCGUUACGCAGCUUGAUGCUGAGUGGCAUGCACCGCGUCCUGCCAGCUGCUCGUGCUAUGGUCAACGAGAUCUGCAUCCCUCGUGUACACUCAAGCUUACUGGCUUACACUUUGCGCGUUCAUCAGAAAUGCAAGUCCGAACCUUUAUUCCAGCCUCUGUUGAGACAGUACAUCUCCGAGCCGUAUGAAUCGAAGUUCUUCCCCAACGUACGUGGGGAUGUAAACAUUAACCUGCAUGGUGUUUCGCCCUAUGUGCCUCCACCAGCAAACUCAGCCCAUACCAAGGACGGACUUUCGUUGCAAAUCUGGUCGGACCCGACAUGUAAUGCAGAAAUAGAAGUGACUCUGGACAUCGACAUUCUGGGCAGUUUCGGCAAACUCUAUAUGCGUUAUAGGACUGUCUUUGCCGCGUUCCCUCUGGUCGUUGUUGCUUUAGUGUUGAGGAAACAAUUCAAGAUCUACGACGCCACUGGCAUUUUCAUGAGCUUUACCGAAAGCAUGGACCAGUGCAUCAGAACCUCUCUUCCUGUUCUCUUCAUAGCAUUGUCCUUCUUGUCACUCGCCCUUGCCAACCACGCCACCGCUUCGAUUGGUGAAGAAAUCCUUGGACCGCAGCACGAAGCGACAGAAUCAUUCUUACAGUUUACCAAGAACGACCUUUUACUUGGCUCCAAUGACCCAUUUUUCUUCUGGUUGGUACCGCUUUUUGGUGUAAUCAGUGUGGGAGUUUGCAUUGUGCUUAAUUACAUCACAUUGGCGUUGACACAAGUCUUCGCUUUCUGCUAUUCAAAGUUAAGGAACGUGCGAUUGAGGAACGACGACGGAAGACGAAGGACAACAGCAUUCGCAGUCACCAGCCCUCUACAGCGUGUCAUUACAACCAGCAUCUUGCUCAUCAUGGUCGCGACCAUCAUACCCUAUCAAUUCGCCUACCUAGUACUUUGCCUAGUCCAACUCGCAACCUCAGUCCGGGCAUUGCGAUUGGCGCAAGAAACAAAAUCCGGCAACAACUACAAUUUUUACAACUACGUACACAGUCUUCUCAUCCUCAUGCUCUGGAUCCUCCCCAUCAACCUCCCCGUCCUCGUCGUUUGGGUCCACAACCUCGCCGUCCACUGGCUCACACCCUUUUCCUCCCACCACAACAUCCUCUCCAUCAUGCCCUACAUUCUCAUUGUCGAAACAAUGUCUACCGGCCACAUCAUCCCUCGCUUAAUCUCUCCAUGGCGUCUGGUCAACAACAUCAUGUUGUUCGCCCUCGCACUAUACGCAGCAGUCUAUGGCGUCAGCUAUGCAUAUGUAUUGCAUCAUUUAGUCAAUGGGAUGGCUGCAUGGUUUGUAAUAGUGCAUUUCGCACCUGUAUUGAUGAGGAGAGGGGGGUUGGGGGAUGAGCAGAGGGGCGCGGGAAGUCCUGCUCCUCCUACUCCACCGGGAGAUGGACAUAUGAAGAAGAUACCUUAG